AGGGGAUGUGGGAUUUGUGGGAAGCCGAUGACCAAACAGUUCGUGCGUGCGCUGGGAGGAACCUUUCACCUGGAUUGCUUCCGAUGCAAGGACUGUAAUUGCGUUGUCGCCUCCAAGUUUUUCCCUGUCGAUGCAGCAGAUGGCAGUGGUCAAUACGCCCUUUGCGAAACCGACUACUUCAGAAGACUAGACCUCCUUUGCGAGGCAUGCGGAGGUGCACUACGAGGCUCUUACAUCACUGCACUCGAUCGCAAAUACCACAUCGAACACUUUACCUGUUCCAUGUGUCCAACUGUAUUCGGCCCACAAGACUCCUACUACGAACACGACGGCAAAGUCUACUGUCACUUCCACUACUCAACAAAGUUUGCGGUGAAGUGUCAUGGAUGUCAAACAGCAAUUCUAAAGCAAUUCGUCGAGAUCUUCAGGAAUGGGCUAAAUCAGCACUGGCAUCCGGAGUGUUACAUGAUUCACAAGUUCUGGAAUGUGAAGUUGGCGUCCCGGCAUGAUCAGCAAGCACAAUCUGCAAUUGUCGAUACGGCUACGCCUGAUGAAGUUCGUCAACGGGAACAGAUGAUGGAGGACAAGGUAUAUCGCAUUUGGAGUGUUCUGUCAUCGUACGAGGAGACCACUGCGGCAUGUAUCAGUGAUAUGCUGUUGCAUGUCUCGAAUGGCGCAUACAUCGAGGGUGUCGUCAUGGCGGAGAAGUUUAUUGGUCAUGUCGAGAUCUUGUUUGCCUCAAUCGACAAACUUGAGGCUUCCCUCCUUCGCAUGAGUGGGAAAACUCUACCAUAUCAUCGUGAAGCAAAGAUGCUUUGUAAAAAGAUCGUCGCGUUCUUUGCAUUGCUCUCGAAGACGCAGGAAACCGGUGUUCGGAAGUUGGGGAUUACACAGGAAUUGCUGAGCUUGGUGACGGGAUUAGCGCAUUACUUGAAGAUCUUGAUUCGGAUAUCGUUGACAGCGGCGUUGAAGUUGGAGAGAGACCAUCAAGGGUCACAUGCUAUCCGGAUGUUUCUGGCGCAGAUGCUCCAAUUAAAGGGCGAUGAGGAAGAGCAUGUCGCGGCUGAUUCCAUUCCAUCAGUGACGUCGUCCGUCUCGGCAGAAUAUGCAGAUGUCGCAUCGGACUUGUGUACAGCAUGCGGUGUUACCAUCGAGGACGACUGUGCCAAAUUCGGCGAUAAGAGAUGGCACUUGAACUGUCUGUCGUGUUCUCGAUGCAGCAACAAUCUCAAGAGAGAAUAUCAGGAGGCGCUAUGGAGUGAUGAUGAGCAGAUGGUGUUUUGUCAAGGAUGUGGUGCCACGGUACCAGAAUCAAGAACAGGGUUCCAGCACAUUACGAAACUGACACAGUUCGUCUUCCUUCUGAGAGUAGCGUUGUCCAGGCUGUAUGCUUUGCUGCGGCAGGGUCCAGCACUGCCACAUACCUCCGACGAUCCGAACCUGGAAAGAUAUGACAGUACGAAUGGUAUCGAUACGCAGGAUACGGGUGCGCCGCUGUUGACACGAGGAUCACGAUCAAGGUCCUAUGCAGGCGAACAGGUGCAACCAAAGCCGCGGUCUUACGUCAGCACGUUGAACGACAUUCGCCGACUGAAGUCAAGUCGCAUGGAUGAGAAGCUCGCGAACUCUGCACGUAGGGCACGGCAAUCGACGAUUUUGGAUGGACCUGAAGGCAUCCAGUUCCGCAUCGUGGAAGAUAAGGAGUCGGGACCACAGUUGACUGCGUCGACGUUCGCGGGUGAGAAGACCUUGACGCUGGAUGAUAUCCCAAGGCUUGUUGCAGCGGAGCAGGCAAGAGAACAGCGACCUAAUGCGUUCAAGCACCAAACCCAUCGCAAGAUACCGUCUAAUGCGCCGAACCAGCCUCCGGCGGGUAUGCGUCAGAGAACAUAUGUCUCUGAGCUGUCUGCGCUGGAGUACUUCAUUGUUCGUCACAUUGCCGUUCUGUCCCUGGCGGAAUUGGUGAAAGAUUGUUUCAACCUUGAAGAGCUAUUGGACUUGAUCGAGGUGAAGAAGGCGACAUUCUGGGGCAAGUUCGGGAAAGCGUUCAAGGGUGGCAAUGCGGAGAAGAAAAAGAAGGACAAGAAGGGUGUGUUCGCAGUACCAUUGGAAGUGAUCGUCGAGAGAGAUGGGACAGAAUCAGCGUUGGGAGCGGGACCUAAUCGUCUGCGCGUGCCAAGCUUCGUGGAUGAUGCCAUCUCGGCAAUGAAGCAAAUGGACAUGUCUGUUGAGGGUGUUUUCAGGAAGAACGGAAACAUCCGGAGGUUGAAGGACUUGGCUAAUGCAAUUGAUAAGAACACUGCGCAUGCGCUAAUUGAAGAAGGCCCAGUGCAACUUGCAGCGUUACUGAAGAAGUUCUUGCGUGAUCUUCCCGAUCCACUUCUGACGCACAAGUUGCACAAGCUUUUCAUCACUUCGCAACGGUUGGAGGAUGAAGAUGUUCGAAGGCGGGUAUUACAUCUGACAUGUUGUUUGCUACCGAAGCCGCAUCGCGAUACGAUGGAGAUCAUCUUUUUCUUCCUUAACUGGGUCGCCUCAUUUUCUCACGUCGACGAAGAAUCCGGAAGCAAGAUGGACAUCCACAAUCUUGCAACGGUCAUUACGCCCAACAUCUUGUACGCCGACAGCAAGGACGCUGCCAUGGAUGAGAGUUUCCUGGCGAUCGAAGCAGUGCACUCGUUGAUUGAGUAUAACGAGGAGUUUUCAUUGGUGCCAGAGGAUAUCCUCAUGCUUCUGCACGACCAAGAGUUGUUCUCAGGAAGUGCCGAAUUGACGACGAAAGAUAUCUUGCGCCGCUGCGAAGAGGCACUCUCACGGCCACCAAAAUCCGCCACAGAGUCCUCGGGCACUACAGGUGCUUCAACGUCUGGCUCCAUGCAGCGACCACGACCGCAGCGUAUUGACACCGGCUACGCCCAGGAAUUCGCAUCGAAGCAAGAAAGCACUGCUCGGAGAACAUCAACCAGUGUUCUGAGUUACGAACAAACGAACAAUUCACCAAAAACGCAAUAUAGUUACGAGUCGAAUGGGGCGUCAUCUCAGAGAGAAAAGCGGAGUAACGGAUACCACAGUUGAGAUCAGUGUUUGAUUGGAUAUAAUAUGCACAGAGGGUUGCUUUUGCAGGGUAGCGGGGGUUGGACUUGACAUUCACUUUUUCUUGGGCGAGGACGCGUACGGUUGCUAAAGGGGUUUUUGGCCAUGGGUCUUGGUCUUGGGGGUAGUUCCUGGAUACGAUAGUGUAAGAUGAAGAAUGCGAAGGCGGUUAUGAGAUUGC